UCUGCGCCUCGGUGUGAGGUGUGGGUGUUUGGCUGGAGUUGAUGCGGCCACAGGCUGCAGUAUUUAUAACACGUGAAGCCGUCGCUGAAGCGGAGUUCCGCUGCUUCCAGAGAGCCGCUCAUCCACCGCUGGAGACCUCACUCUGAUCCCGGUGGGACUGUAUCCUGACGAUGGCGGAAAACUCGCAGUGUUUCUACUGCCGCGAGGACCUCGGGGGGAAGAGGUUCGUCCGUAACGAGGGCAGGCCGGUGUGCGUUCGCUGCCACACAAAGUUCUGUGCCAACUCCUGCGCCGAGUGCCACCGUCCCAUCUCCGUGGAAACAAAGGAGCUCAGCCACAAGGGCCGAUAUUGGCACGAGGAGUGUUUCCGCUGUGCAAAGUGUUACAAGCCUCUGGCUAAGGAGCCCUUCAGCACCAAGGAUGACCGCAUCAUGUGUGGGAAGUGCUGCUCCAGAGAGGAUGCUCCACGCUGCCACGGCUGUUAUAAACCCAUACUGGCGGGAACAGAGAGCGUGGAGUACAAAGGGAACUCGUGGCACGACGAGUGUUUCACCUGUUACAGCUGUAAACGACCAAUAGGAUCACAGAAUUUUCUCUCCAAAGGAAGUGACGUUUACUGCAGCCCCUGCUAUGAUGACAAAUUCGCCAAACACUGCGUGAGCUGCAAAAAGCCUAUAACCUCUGGAGGAGUGAACUACCAGGACCAGCCGUGGCACAGCCACUGUUUCGUGUGCAGCUCCUGCGCGAAGCCUCUGGCAGGGACGAGUUUCACCAACCACCAGGAGCAGGUCUUCUGUGUCGACUGCUACAAGACCUCCGUGGCCAAGAAGUGCAGCGGCUGCCAGAACCCCAUCACAGGUUUUGGUAAAGGGGUGAAUGUGGUGAACUAUGAGGGCAGCUCCUGGCAUGAAUACUGCUUCAACUGUAAGAGGUGCUCCCUCAGUUUGUCCAACAAGCGUUUCGUAGCCAAGGGAAAAGACAUCCUCUGCACCGACUGCGGCAACAAGUAGAGACGGACGACUUUAUGCCCGUUUCAAAAUGAUGUAAACCUAUUCCCCUGCAUUCUUCUCCUUUCUAUCACCAAGCUGGCCUUCACCCCCUGUCUGCUCCGGCAUUAUAUCCACUCUGAUAAUAAUGUGAAUAAUGAAAAAAAUAAAGUAAAUAAAUAAGGUUAUAGAGAGUCUACAGUGCUCCCCUUGGUAAAGCAAAUGUGUUUGGCACAACAAAGCACUCAGAGCAUGACUCUCCUGGAGAGGACGGGUUAUUAAAAUAAUUAUAAUAAUUUAAAAAAAGACUAAAAGGAUGUAACCUAACCUGUUUUUUGUUUUUUUUUACAUGCAAGCAAGCAUCCUAUUUCAAUAUUCUGUUUAUUAUCCAGCUGAAAUCUUGGAAGAUUAAUUGAUGGGAAUACUGAAACCUGCUCUGAUGUUAAGUGACGUCUACGUCUAAAAAUGUUUUGAACCACUAGUAACAAGUUUUCACAGGAGGUGACACGGUCAGCCUUUUCUCUCUGUCCAAAUGUAAGAGAACAGUAUUUUUACAAACAGCUUCCCGACUCUGUUGUUAGAGCUGCAUCAUUCAUUCUUAUUCUGCUAAAGCUAACCUUCAUUUACUGUGUUGUUAAAAGCUUAGAAAUCAAUGCGUGUCAUGUUGCAGUCGGUAAAUGAUAAAAAAUAAAUAUCUAGGGUCGCUUAAAUUGCAGCGUUUAAUUCUUCAUGUGUCUGUAUUUAAGUUUGAGCUGCUAAUUGAUAUUUGCUUGUUGUAUUUUUUACAUAAAUAAAAUUUCUAACCCUUUCUCUUCUAAAUAAAGAUAAAAUCUGAAUAAAUGUUGCAUGUUCCUGUGAAGAUCAAAGCUCAAAUAAACUUUCUACAAAACUGAGAA